AGUGACCACAUUGAGCGAAUUUGUCUCGACAUUCAGCAACGAGAAUCAAACCACGUCCAUAAUUCGACUGGGAAGGUUGUGUGCGGAGCCUUUUGAGGAAAUUAAACCCUCAGAUCGCCAUUUUCUAAGAGUCUCUAAAGUCUGGGAGUUGUACAAAAGAGCUGAACUGCGGUAAAAGAGUCAGAUAGAGGUAAAAGUGCUUCUUGGAAGCGGAUUUCUCAGAGAAAUUAUCAGGAAAAAAACAGUGGAGAAUAGUUGCAAGGAGUAGGAGGAUUCAUUUUGUUAUCCUUCAUCUCUGUUCAUUUGCAUUACCCAUCGAAAAUGUCCUGGUUCGAGAUCCGUGGCAAUACUGUGGGUGAGCUAUGACAAUAAUCCUCUUCCUCAUUGACACAUCCGCCUCCAUGUGCCAGCGUGCGCAUGUGAAUGGUGUACAAAAGAGCUACUUGGACAUCGCCAAGGGGGCGGUGGAGACAUUCCUCAAGUACAGACAGAGGAGUCAGGAUUGUAUGGGGGAUCGGUAUAUGUUGCUCACAUUCGAGGAUCCACCGGCAAACGUGAAGGCGGGAUGGAAAGAGAAUCACGCCACAUUUAUGAAUGAACUCAAAAAUUUGCAGAGCACCGGACUCACGUCCAUGGGUGAGGCACUAAAGAAUGCCUUCGAUCUGCUCAAUCUCAAUCGGAUGCAAUCGGGUAUUGAUACAUACGGACAAGGAAGGUGUCCCUUCUACCUUGAGACAUCCGUUAUAAUUGUGAUUACGGAUGGGGGGAAGUAUUCAUCGCGGAAUGGAGUGCACAAUGAGAUUGUUCUACCCCUACAUGCCCAGAUUCCCGGCACGAAGCUGACAAAGGAGCCCUUUCGGUGGGAUCAGAGACUCUUCUCACUUGUCCUCCGGAUGGCAGGGAAUAAGAUGGAUGAGCGCGUGGAUGGGAAAGUGCCUCACGAUGAUAGUCCCAUUGAGAAGAUGUGCGAAGUUACGGGAGGACGAUCGUAUCGCGUAAAAUCCCACUAUGUUCUCAAUCAGUGCAUUGAGAGUCUCGUACAGAAGGUACAGCCCGGCGUGGUGGUGCACUUUGAUCAGCUGGCGCCGAAGGAUCUCAAGGAUGGUGAGGUGCAGGACAUUGCAUUUCAAACGACGAAAAAGAUGAUUUACGUACAGAAGCAUCCAUCGCAAAAAACCUACCCCGUGGGAUACUGGCCCAUCCCAGAACCCUACUGGCCUGACCCUAAGGCCCCUUCGCUACCACCCAGGGAUGCUCAUCCUAAAAUAAGAAUUGUCACACCGUGCAUCGAUGAACCACAAAUGGUGAGGAACUUCCCGAUUGAUAAAUACGAAUUGGAAGCAAGUCCACUAACACUGCAAAUUCUGUCGAAGCGUGAGGCUAGCAAAUGCUGGUCUGUCGUUGUAUCGGGAAUGCACAACUCAGACGCACCCUUUGGGUACAUAAAAGCCAAUGCAACUUUCACCCAAGUUUACCUGAUGGUACUGCCAUAUAAUUAUCCGGUAUUGCUGCCCCUACUCGGGGAUCUCUUUCACAAACACAACUCAAGUCCACCAAAUGAUUGGAUAUACAAAUUCUCCAAUUACGUUCGCAACAUCCCCCAGUACUACUGCCCAUUUCUGCGACGGGCACUCGGCAGUGCCAGUGUUCCCUACCAGCUGCUGCAGUACAUCAUUCCGGAGAACUUGGAUAGCUAUCUCAGUCCGACGGUGGCGAAUUACUUGAAGAAUUUAAAGAAUACCGCCAAGCAGGAUCAGGAGAAUCUCUGUGUGAGGGUGUUUAAGCAGCUGAAGCAACCCAAACCGGCGUACCAUCAAAUGGAGACAAUCAAAUUGAAUUGCGGGCAACCAAUGAAGCGGGAUCUUGUGUCACAUCCAAUGCUCAAGGAGACAUUCACAAAGGUUCACAGUGAGAUUAGUGUUUAUGAGAAUUACACGAUUGUCGUACCAACGGCAUAUGCCCCGAAUUCUCCCAAGAACUAUCGUAACCCAUUCGAUAUACCACGUCGAGAGCUAAUUGAUGAGAUUGCACGAAUGCGUGAGAACUUCUUCAAGCUCCCAACAACGGGGAUUAAUGUGUACACAAAGGAUGCCGGGCACUGUUUGCCAAUCUCCGAAAUGGGUAAUUAUCAGGAGUAUUUGAAGAAUAAAGAAACACCCCUGAGGGAGAUUGAGCCAACUAAUGUGCGACAACACAUGUUUGGCAAUCCAUACAAGAAGGACAAACACAUGGUGAUGGUGGAUGAGGCAGAUUUGGGUGAUGUGGCACCCAUGAAGCCCAAUACACCCACAACAAAGAAGAUUGAUGGGAAGAUGACGCGAAAACGUAAGGCAGGACCCAUUUCGAAGGACUACAAAUUCCGACGAAUGUCAUCUGGGGGAUCACGACCAUCUACGCCAUCGAGUCCCGGUGGGAGUGUGAUGUCAGACACGGAGGAUGAAACGGCAUCCGAGAGUGGGUUCUCCACAGACGAUCCCGAUGAUAAUCCACUUGUUGUAGACUUUGAAUUCAAUGAACCACCCACCGAGGAUUUCCCCAUCAAUGGCCAUGUACAGGACUUUAUUAAUGGAGAAAUGGAGGAUACGGAAGAAGUUGGAGUACCCAUUAUGGGUAUUAUACCACCUGUUCCGGCGAAUGGGGUGAACGUUCUACCGCCAUCGCUUCCUGGAGUCCCACCCCCUAUUGCCCCGGUAGCGCCACAAAUUCACACCGUCCACCACAAUGACAUCAACGAUGCCCAGGAGAUCUCCAAGAUUCUGCAGCAAUGUCACAAUGGUGGUAGCGAUUCGCGCUCCAUCUUCCACGAUCGCCUGAGUAAUAUACCACCCGAAAUUGAGACAUCCCGAACGCAGGAAAUAACAUUCGUAAAUCACAAAACUGAGCCUGUUGAAGUAGAGGAAAAAAUUGAGUCAACAAAGGUUGAACCACAAGAGAUGGAUGAGGAGCAAAAGGAAAAUAUACGGCAAGCGAACCUCGAGACGCGAACGAUGGUAUUCCGUGAUAUCAGACGUCCGGGUCGGGACUAUAGUCUCCUUCUGGAGCACCUUAACCUCGUUAAGGGGAACUUUGAGACAAAGUUCAACUUUGUCCAGAUGUGCAUCAAUGAAUCAAUGCGCUUCCGUCGGAAACGCAUGGCAGAUAGCAUUCAGGAAUGGUGGGAAAAGCAAAUUGAUAAACUAGACUCGAGUCCCCACGUGAAUUACUGAAUGUGACUCUACUAUAGUGAAACUUUAUCACACCGAUUCUUCUUUUUAGUGCGCGGUAUCUCCACAUUGGAUGCUUUUUUUUUUUAAUUUGCAACAGGCAUUGCCUAAUUUUAGAUCCAAACUUCUCUAUUUGAAACAAAUCUUAAUUCAUGCCGCCGAUUCACAUUUUAAAUUGUCCAUAAAAAAAUGUUUUUUUUUCUCAUUCCGAAUCACAUGAAUUGCAAAUGUUUUAAAAUCAUAUUUGUAUCAAUGUCGAUUGGAUGUAAUAAAAAAGGUCAAUAUAGUGUCAUCUACAUUACAUUA